CCUCCUCAUCCUCCUCAUCGUUCUUACCGUCGUGUUGAGCACUGGCGCCCCCCAGCGGUAAUAGUCUGGUGGUGCCGUCUUGCUGGUCACAUAAAGCGUUAGAUGAAAUAUCGAAUAUGAAAAUAUAAAAUAAAAUAUAAACAACUCAGGCAUUAUUAGUCAAUUUCAUAGUAGUUGUUUUUUAUUCAAAUGCAACAAGCAGUCCUCAUGUUCAAAAUAUGAAAAUGAAAAUGUGUUCUUUUUUACUUCCCCAAAAUUCUAAACUAUAUAUGUUAACAAAAACAUUUUAUUAUGAAUUUAUGGAUGAAUUUUCAAGUGUCCAGGUUCUUAUAAGACUCUGUGGUCAUAUAGUACUCCAUUGUGCGUGGAUGCGUGUACACACCAAAGUUGACCUCGAUUUCCAGUUAAGGUGCGAGGCGCCCAGUGGAAUGUAAUAAGCUCCUGCAAAGGUGUGUCUUCCCAUACACAUCCAGCAGUCUUCAACGUUUCCCAGCAUUUUACUUUGCACCCUGCACAACAUCUCAGGCUACUUCUGCAGUAGGCUUCCUCCCCCGAUUUUCUGCUUUUGGAGAUGAAGAGAAGAAUCUGCUACGCGUUUCUCCUGGCGAUCUGGUUCUCAGGCUACCGGGCCGAUCCCCCGGCGCCGCAUCUGAUUUUUAUCAUGGCGGAUGAUCAGGGUUACGGCGACGUCGGCUACCACGGCUCGGACAUCCGCACGCCCGUCUUGGAUCGGUUGGCGGCGGAGGGAGUGAAACUGGAAAAUUAUUACGUUCAACCCAUCUGCUCGCCCUCUCGGAGUCAACUCAUGACAGGACGCUACCAAAUUCACACGGGCUUGCAGCAUUCAAUCAUCCGUCCACGUCAACCCCUCUGCCUCCCCCCGGACGUCCCCACCCUGCCCGAGCGUCUGUCGGAGGCGGGUUACGCCACGCACAUGGUGGGGAAAUGGCACCUGGGCUUCUGCAGGCCCGGCUGCUCGCCCACGGCACGAGGCUUCCGCAGCUUCCUGGGCACGCUCACCGGUAGCGGAGACCAUUUCUCCUAUCAGAGCUGUGACAAUGCCGAAGCUUGUGGAUUUGACCUGCAUGACGGAGAUACACCGGCGUGGGACAUGGCGGGAAAUUACUCCACUCUGCUUUAUAUUGACAGAGUGAAGCAGAUCCUGAGAAGUCACAACUCUAGCACGCCCCUCUUCCUCUACCUUUCCUUGCAAGCCGCCCACACACCCCUGCAGGCACCUGACCACUUCCUGGACUUGUACCCGUCCCAGAGCAAUCGCAUCCGCCGUCACUACGCGGCCAUGCUCAGCUGCUUGGACCACGGCGUGGGUCAAGUGGUCGACCAGCUGAAGGCGAGCGGUCUUUAUGAAAACUCCGUUGUGAUCUACUCGUCCGAUAACGGUGGGCAGCCUCUGUCCGGAGGAAGCAACUGGCCGCUUCGGGGCGGCAAAGGGACAUACUGGGAGGGCGGCAUCCGGGCGGUGGGAUUUGUCCACAGUCCCCUCCUGAAGGUCAAGGGGGUGGUCAGCAAGGCGCUUAUCCACGUCUCGGAUUGGUACCCGACGUUGUUGUCACUGGCUGGUGCCCCGCAGUCCCACCGAGGAUUGGACGGUCACGACGUUUGGGGCGCCAUCAGCGAGGGGCUCCCCUCACCUCGCACGGAAAUCCUCUUCAACAUCGACCCGGUCUCCAGGAAACCCGGGGAGCCCUACGACAAGGCUUUGGUGCUCAACGGCUUCGGGAUCUGGGACACGGCGGUGAGGGCGGCGAUCCGCGCCGGGGAUUGGAAGCUACUGACCGGAAACGUGGGCGACGGCGACUGGACGCCACCGCGAGCCAACAACGACGGUCCGGAGCGCUGGCAGGGCCUGGAGAAGCGGCGCAACGAGGUGGGCAAGUCGGUAUGGCUGUUCAACGUCUCCUCCGACCCUUACGAGAGGUGCGACAUGGCCCGAGCUCGGCCGGAGAUCGUCAAGCAUCUCCUGAACCGGCUGGCGGAGUACAACCGCACCGCAGUGGUGCCGAGAAACCCACCCGACGACCCCAUGGCGGACCCCGAGCUGCACGGCGGGGUGUGGGGACCCUGGCUGGGACUGGAGGGACAAGAUGGAGAUGAGGUUGGCAGAAAAAGCAGGGCGACAAGAGUCAAGCAAUGCAAGUUGUGCAAAUUAAAAGCGCUCUUUAAAAAGGUGAGGUCGCGUCUGCAGAAGAACGCCGUGUUCUUCUGAGGACAUCGUGUUCUGCUACAGCCAAAGACAUUGCGGGGGGGGACCUUAAAAGGUCCAAACAAAAUGUAGUAUUCUGUCAUCAGAUGUCAAACACUCGAUUUGGGACUUAUGAUAUACGUACAGUGCUUAACAAAAUAAACCACACCUAUUUAAUUCCCUCAGGAAAACGUUUUCAUCACCAGGUAGCUAUUUAGCGGCUAGCACGUGAUACAGCUACCGCAGAAAAUGCCUCUCGUCCGUCUUGUUUAUGAAUAUUCAGCUAUCCUCAUUUGCCGAUUCUGGUCAAUUCCCACGACAGCCACCCACCAUCAGUCCCUCAGCUACCCUCUCUGCAGCUCCCCCUCCGUUUCCUCAUCCUACUCAUUUUUGUCUUGCGCACGGAUCGAGACACACUUUCAUAAUCAAGGUUUGUAACGUAUGUGUCAUAUCAGCAUGUGCAAACAGCUCAAUAAAUUCACUGUAAAUGACUUUAAACUUUCUUUUACCUCCUCACUCAUUAGAUUUGAAAUGCCACCAUUUUAGGGUGGUACAAAUUGUAGAGAUUAUGUAUAUAUGUUUGAAACCCGUAUUUUAAAUACAAUGUUGACCAGACUUAAGUUUAUUUGGCACACCUAUAGGGUCAUGUAGCCUCAAGAGUGCCCCCUGCU